AUGAACCUAAUCCAAUAAUUCGAUUAUGAAUAAUCAAUAUUUAAAAUGAUCCUUUUAAGAAAGCAUCUUCUUAAAGAUAUCACAUACUUUUUGUUCUUAUUCAAAGAAUAAUUAAUUUUAGCUUAAGUAAAUAGAUAAAUUUAUUUUUAAAAAGGAACUAAAUACAUAAUAACCAAAGUAUAUUUUUAAAUUAAAUCUUAAUACAAAAGUAUAUUGGCAAUAUGAAAAAUCAAAUUAUUAAUAAGUUGGAUUUGAAUAUAAAGGAGAAGUUAAAUAUUUCAAUGGAGAUAAUGAAGGACUUUAGCAACUGAAAAUAUUACUAAGAAAUAAAGUGAUAUAUCGUAAUGUGAGUGACUACUAUUUACUAAUCAAAUAGUUAGGUAGAGGAGGUUCUUCAAGGGUAAAAGUAAUUUUUAAUAAAAAGGUCUAUUUAGUAAAUGAUAAAUUUACAAAUCAAUAGUUUGCAUCUAAAAAUGUAGAAAAAAGAUAUUUGAAAGAGGAUGGUGGAUAUGUAAAUAUAAAUAAGUGAGAUUAGGAAGCUUUAUUUAAUGAAAUAAAUUUGAUGGCAGUACUUAAACAUGAUAGCAUAGUAAAAUUAGAAGAAGUAUAUGAAGGAGAGAACACAUUUUAUAUCAUAUUAGAAUACUUGAAAGGUGGUUCUCUUCAUGAAUUAAUAACAAAAGCAAUUAUAUAAUUAGGUUGGGAUGAAAUAAAAGUGAUAAUGUAGGUAUUUUUAAUAUAUAAAGAAAGGCAUUAUUAAAUGGAGUUGUAUAUAUGCAUUCUUUAAAUAUUAUGCAUAGAGAUUUGAAACCAGAAAAUAUUAUGUUUAAAAAUUAAAAUGAUAUUAAUGGUUUAAGAAUUGUUGAUUUUGGAUUGGCAACAUAUACAACAGUAACUAAUUAUACAUUUCCUAAAUGUGGUACUCCUGGAUAUGUAGCACCUGAAAUAGCAAAUAUGUAAGAUCAUUCAAUAAAAUAUGACAAAAUUUGUGAUAUGUUUAGUGUAGGUUGCAUAUUUUAUAAAUUGUAAUUAUUUUUAAAAUAAAAUUAGAAUUACAUCUAAAGAUUUGUUUCCUGGAAAUGACUAUCAUGAAAUCUUAAAAUUGAAUAAAAAAUGUAUUAUAAAUUUAGAUACAUUGACUUUCUAUUAAACACCUUAAACAGCUAUUGAUUUAAUUUAUCAAAUGCUUUAAAUUGAUCCUAAUAAUAGAAUUUCUGCAUAAUAAGCAUUAGAACAUCCAUUUUUUACAGAUACUUAUUAAGAUAGAAAAUUGAAAUUUUAAUCAUAAAAAAAGACAAUUAAAAGUAUUUCAAAGCCUUGGCAAACUUUAACAUUUAAAUUAGAAAAAUCUGAUCAAUUAUAUUUGCCUGAAACUAAACAAAUCUAAAAAUAAAAUGAGGAAGAUGAUGUUGAAGAUGAAAGAGCAACUAUUAAACUUCCAUCUAUAAAUAGUCCUAGAUUUGUUCAAUAAGCUAAAAUAAAAAAUCUAGCUUUAGCAGAAGGGUCUCCUACAGAAUUACCUAAGAAAAGUGUUUUAAAAAAGUUUUCUACUUAAGAAUUUGAACAUCUAAGUCCAGAUACAUAAUCUCCUGAUUUAGGAAAAAUGAAUUUCAGCAAUAGCCCAAGGUUUAUUUAACCAGAGGUAAUAAAGAAAAAUUUUACUUGUUCUAAAUAUAAUUAAUAAUAACAAGCAAUUUACGAAGUUGAUGACGAAUAAAAACUAUGA